AUGCCCGGCUACGAGCUGCCCGUGGGCACGUGCCCGGACAUGUGCCCGGCCGCCGAGCGCGCCCAGCGUGAGAAAGAGCGCCGCCUGCACCGCUUCGAGGUGGCGCCGGGGUGCCGCGGGAACCCGCCCCGGGUGGCCGAGCGCGCCGACGCGUCCCGGGCCGAAGUCGCCAGCUUCGUGGCGGACCGGCUGCGCGCCGUGCGGCUCGACCUGGCUUUGCAGAGCGCGAGCGACGCCGAGGCGGCGGUGGUGCUGGAGGCGGCGCUGGCCACGCUGCUGGCCGUGGUGGCGCGGCUCGGGCCCGACACGGUGCGCGGGCCCGUGGACCAGGCGCUGCUGCAGGCCCAAGUACACGAGGCUUUCGGCUCGCUGCGGCGCUGCUACGCGCGAGGGGCCGGGCCGCACCUCCGCCAGGCCGCCUUCCAGGGCCUCUUUCUGCUCUAUAACUUGGGCUCGGUGGAGGCUCUGAACGAGGUUCUGCAGCUGCCGGCCCCGCUGCGUGCCUGCCCACCUCUGCGCACAGCUCUGGCCGUCGACGCAGCCUACCGAGAGCGCAACACUGCCCGACUGUUCCGCCUGCUACGGACCCUGUCCUACCUGCCAAGCUGCGCGGUGCUUGGCCAUGUGGCCCGUGCCCGCCGCAGAGGCCUGGCCCGCCUGGCUUAUGCCCUGAGCACCUCCAAGGGCCAGACCUUGCCCCUGGGCUUCUUGGUGCACCUGCUGGCCCUGGACGGACCCGAGGAGGCACGGGACCUGUGCCAAGCACAUGGGCUGCCCUUGGACGGGGAGGAGGGAGUCGUGUUCCUGAGAGGUCGCUACAGGGAGGAGGGGCAGCCCCCCUCACGGACCUUCAACCUACUGGUAGACAGCAAACUUGGAGGUCGCACCCUAGAGGAAGUGGUCAUGGCAGAGGAGGAAGAUGAGGUAGUGGACAGACCCGAGUCCCUGGCAUGGGGAAGGGCUGAGCCGGCCCCAGAACCCCAGGACUAG